UGGCAGCAGUAGUAGAGCUGUUAUCCCACCUCAGAAAGGGAGCAGGGCCUUUGCCAGGGGGAGGGGAGCUCGGCCUUGGCCCACUCUGCCCCUCCUCGGAGACAGGGGCCCUCGAAACCUGCCCAGAACCCAGGAGUCCAGGCUCGCCACACCCCACAGAACCCAGGAGUCUGGGCUCCUCCCACAGAACCCAGGCGUCCGGGCUCUCCACACCCCACAGAACCCAGGCGUCCGGGCUCUCCACACCCCACAGAACUCAGGGCUCCGCCCACGGAACCAAGGAACCCAGGAGUCCGGGAUCUCCACACCCCACGGAAUCAAGGAGUCCAGGCUCCUCCCAGAGAACCAAGGAACCCAGGAGUCCGGGCUCCCCACGGAACCAAGGAACCCAGGAGUCCGGGCUCCCCACGCCCUACGGAACCCAGGCGUCCGGGCUCCGCCCACGGAACCAAGGAACCCAGGCGUCCAGACUCCCGCCAAGGCACCCAGGCGUCCGGGCGAGUGGGGGGAGGGGGCUGCUCCAUCGACCUUCCAGCCGGCCCGUCUCGCUGGUUCCGGUCCUCCGGCCCCGCCCCCGCCCGGGCCCCGCCGCCGACACCCGCGGCCCCCGGCCCCGACCGCUGCGCUGCCACCUCGGGCCGGCGUGGAGCCAGGAUGGCCAAGGAGAUGCGGGCGCAGUACGAGCCGGUGGCGGAGAUCGGCGUCGGCGCCUACGGCACCGUCUACAAGGCCCGGGACCUGCAGAGCGGCAAGUUUGUGGCCCUCAAGAACGUGCGCGUCCAGACCAACGAGAACGGGCUGCCGCUCUCCACCGUGCGCGAGGUGGCGCUGCUCAAGCGGCUGGAGCAUUUCGACCACCCCAACAUCGUGCGGUUGAUGGACGUCUGCGCCACCACCCGCACGGAGCGCGAGACCAAGGUGACCCUGGUGUUCGAGCACGUGGAUCAGGACCUGAAGACGUAUCUGGACAAGGCGCCGGCCCCUGGCUUGCCAGUGGAGAAGAUAAAGGACCUGAUGCGCCAGUUCCUGAGCGGCCUGGACUUCCUGCACUCGAAUUGCAUCGUGCACCGCGACCUGAAGCCGGAGAACAUCCUGGUGACUAGCAGUGGGCAGGUGAAGCUGGCGGACUUCGGCCUGGCCCGGAUCUACAGCUGCCAGAUGGCCCUGACCCCUGUGGUGGUUACCUUGUGGUACCGCGCCCCGGAAGUGCUGCUCCAGUCGACCUAUGCCACCCCCGUGGACAUGUGGAGCGUCGGCUGCAUCUUUGCCGAGAUGUUCCGGCGAAAGCCCCUCUUCUGCGGCAACUCAGAAGCCGACCAGCUGGGCAAGAUCUUUGACAUGAUCGGGCUCCCGGCAGAGGACGACUGGCCCCUGGACGUGGCCCUGCCGCACUGCGCCUUCACGGCACGCUCCCCGCAGCCCGUGGAGAUGUUUGUGCCGGAGAUGGAGAAGCUGGGGGCACAGCUUCUCUUGGAGAUGCUGACCUUUAACCCCUACCAGCGGAUCUCGGCCUUCAACGCACUGCGUCACCUUUACCUCCAGGACAAGAGCCCGGUGGAGGGGUAACGCCCCAGCGCCCCCCUCUCCCCUCCACGGGGACCCAACGGAGGACUAGGGAUAGCGCCAGUUCUGCACCCGCAGCCACGGCCCCUCCUCGCGUUCAGUCCCCUGCACCUGCCCCACGCACAUGGAGACGGACUCGAGCAGGGAGCGAGACGCCUCCUCCCCGGGGACGCUGGGAUUCCGGUGGCGUCCCCCCGUCCCCCCCCGUCCCCCCCAUGGGCGCCUGGCCCCGAGCAGGCCUAGCUCUGUUGAAGGUCAGUUUGUGUUGGGAGGGGGCCUGGCGGGGCCUCACCCGCGUUCUCACGGACACUUUGAGUAGCCUUUUGUAACCGUUUACAAGAUAACUGUUGCUGCCUUAUCGCAUUCCAGCCUCCUGCCACUGGUCUCAGCUCUUCCCACCCCCCAGCGAGGGGCUGAGAGCAGCACGACAGGCCCCUCCCCCUCCCCACACUCGGGACAGGUGGGGUUUUUUUUUACAAGAAAUAUUCACGCGCGGUUUUUCUACUACCAGGGCGAACUGCCGGAUUCUUGGUGUACAGGUGGGAGUUGCUUCCCUGAGGGUGGAUUGGGGAAUCCCGGGGGGCGGGUGCUCCCCCGGGGCCGGAGAUCGACAGUUUAUAUUUAUAAUGAUUUUUCUCAGACACUUUUUUUUUUUAAAUCGGCUCUAAACAUGGUAAGAGUCCAAUAAAGGGAAGGCAGGGGGAUGGGCAUGCGGCCCCACCCCAGCCUGCUUUGUCACUUGG